CUGGCAGCCGAAGUAGAAACAAGAUGGCGACUAUCAACGAUAUUUUACUAUAAAUAUAGUAAUAAUAAGAGGGAGAAGAGGAAAUAUCUUUGCUUUUAGCGUAAAAGCCUGUCCGAGACGGGAUCAAAACGGAUUUCUUCAAAAAAAUUUACUGCAGAGUUAUUCAAACACAACGAUUCAUCAACAAUGACCUAUGCACCCGAUCAGUUCAAUUUGGCAGAUCCUUUCAAUCACGUGAUGAAAUGUUCAUUUUCUUCUGUUCAAUCCCAAGUUGAGAAGACAAAUAACAAUGGCACUAUCCUUGCAAGAGAAACGAGAGGAAAUCAUUCGUUAGGACUUCGAAAGACACAUCGACAAGUACCUUUUGCAUCCAACAAUAAUCGAAUUCAUCCCAUCUCCAGAAAGACAGUCAAAAGGGCCUACAGACAUAGAUCACGCGCAGUUCAAUUAGACGGUUCCGAUCCUUCCGAACCUCUGUUCAUCUCUACCUGGUUAACGACCAUGAAACCAUUGAUGACACCUCUUUCUCCCCGAAACGAUGGUUCUGUAGAUUUGCCUAUUAACAAACAGUUCGAAACCAACGAAGUGUUAUCUAACCUACCUCUACCAUCCAGAAUGAGAUUACCUAUUGCUUCUUCGCCGACGUACACGGCUCCGAACAUCGCCGUUCCAAUUUGGGUGGCUCAGGAGAACACGGAAAACAGAUGCCACAACUCGGAAUCUGUUUUACCCGACGUCACCAUUCCUCAAGCAACGAAUAGGAUACUAUCUCCGUCUUCUCUUCUAUCAAAAAUGAGACUACCGAUCGCUCCCUCGCCCAUUAACACCCCACCCAACAGUCCCUUCCCCGUUUGGGUGGCUCAGGAAAAUAACGAAGACGAUUGCCACAACCCGGAAUCCGUUUUACCCGACGUUUCCGUCCCUCCGGCAACCAGCUGCGUCAUCAAAUCGAGUCCAAAUUCUUCGCCGGCUCCCGAACAACAUCCCAAUAUCCAAGAAAACUGCAACACUUCUUCAAAACCAAAUUCCUUACUCCUCAUUCCUAAUGCGGAUCACGAGGCUGUCCAAAGCUCACUAAACUAUUCGUUAGAAGUGUCUGGGAGUUCGUGCCAUUUAGUUAAACUCAAUAUCAAUUCCUCCAAAGGAAAUCAUCACCCACCCUCUCCUGUUGUAUCUGCUCCCAGUGGAGCAGAAGGGAAUCGAGAAGAGACCAAUUCGGAAAGAAGGGAAGCCGUGGAGAAGAGGACCAGAGUAACCAUCGAGAUCGAAACGGGAGGCGAAUGCAUUAUUUUCCUUCCUGUAGAUCGAGUCGAGUAUCGCGUAGUGGCUCGCGAGUGUCCAGAAUGCAGCAAUAAACAGAAAGAAAAAUCUGCGGGUAGGAAACCCACUGUUAUGGUCGAGACGAAACGAUGAAUGUGUACUGUACCUUCAAUUUUGUUAUAAACAAUAAAUAUGCUUUUCCAGUAAGAAUUUACUUCUUAC